AUGGCAGACGUUAACGAAACGUUUAGGGACAUCAGAGAGCAGAUUGUGAGCAUGAACAAGUGCUUUGCGACGGCGCAGCAGCGUAAUAAAGAAGACCUUGUUUUAAGUCUUUUUCAGUGCAGAAACUACCUCUCCGUUCAUGACUGUGUUGGCUGCUUCGACGCCGCCGCCAAAGAAGUCCGCAAUUGCCCUGAUGGCACGGCCGGCGGCCUUGUCAUCUACGAUGGCUGCUUCCUCAGGUACGCCGCCGAUGAUUUCUUUGAAGAAACAACGGAAGAUUUAAAUGCUGCGUCGUGUGGUAACCAAACCAUGACAGAAUCCAGUAUGUUUGCAUCACUUGUGCAACAAGUGCUAAAGACUCUGCGAACAACAACACCCAAGAACCAAGGGUUUUUUGCGGCCACAAAGAUAGAAUUGCCUGAUAAUAGUACAACUAUUUAUGCCUUUGCUCAAUGUUCUGAAACUAUCGGUCAGACACAAUGCUUCAAUUGCUUGAACACUGGCUAUAACAAUAUUUUGCCGACUUGUCUUCCCAAUUCGGAGGGUAGGGCUUAUGCUGGUGGGUGCUUUAUGAGAUAUUCCACUACCUCCUUCUUUCCAGAUAAUUACCAGACAGUUCAUAUUACUCCCAUGGGCAAACAAGGUUCAAACAAGAAGGGGACCAUUAUAGGUGUAGUUUUUGGAGGUGUAGCUUUUGCUUUGAUCCUUCUUACACUAUUAGCUUGGAUUAAACAACCAAAAAGGCCUGAGAGACCAGUUCCUAGAGGAGAUAUAUCUGGAGUAAGUAAGUUGAAAGGCCCAAUUAAUUUUAGUUAUAGAGAGUUGGAGUUUGCAACUAAAAGUUUCAGUGCAGAAAAUAAAAUUGGAGAAGGAGGAUUUGGUGCUGUAUAUAAGGGUACUCUGAAAAGUCGGAAAAUAGUUGCUGUAAAGAAAUUAAUCAUACGCCAAUCUGGGAAGGUGGAAGAAGAAUUUGAAAGUGAAGUGAAGCUUAUAAGUAAAAACAGAGGUUCUCUUUGUUGGAAGCAACGGUAUGAUAUAAUUUUAGGAACAGCAAGGGGUUUGGCUUAUCUACAUGAGGAAUUUCAUGUACGUAUCAUACACAGAGAUAUAAAAGCUAACAACAUUCUCUUAGGUGAUGAUCUCCAACCAAAAAUUACUGAUUUUGGCUUAGCAAAGCUUUUACCUAAAGAAAAAUCUCAUCUUAGCACAAAAUUUGCCAGAACAUUAGGAUACAACGCACCGGAAUAUACAAUUCAUGGUCAACUAUCGGAAAAAGCUGAUAUUUAUAGCUUUGGCAUUGUACUCCUAGAAAUUAUCAGUGGUGAAAAAUGCAAUGAAUUGAAGAUUCGCGAUGAUAUUGAAGGUGAAUUUCUACUUAAAAAAGCUUGGAAGCUAUAUGAGAGAGGCUUACACAUAGAGUUGGUGGAUAAUACCAUGAAUCCAAAUGAUUAUAAAGUAGAAGAAGUGAAGAAAAUUAUAGAGAUUGGUCUGCUUUGCACUCAAGCAUCUGCUGAAUUAAGGCCAUCAAUAUCUGAAGUAAUUGUUUUGCUCCAAGGCAAUGGCUCAUUGGAGAAUAUGCGACCCACCAUGCCUAUCUUGAUUGAAACUUAA